GAAGAAAAUGCUCAAAUGUAGUCAAGACCUCAUCGAGAUUAAAGUACAUCCAAUGUAGAUGACAUAUUGAAAAUAAAAAUUUUUUGUAAUGGAUACUGAGCAAUCUUCAAGUAAAGCUGAAAAAAUUAGAAAGGAUCUUUACGCAGAGUAUAAUCAGGAUGUUCCAAAUCCACCCGAUGAAGAAUCACAGGUUUCCCGCAGACGCAAAGAAGGAAAAAGAUAUAUUCAAACAUCUGAGAACCAAUCAAAAGCAUCCUUCGAAACUAUUGGAACAGCAUUGUCCUGGAUUAUUGUUAUAAUCACAUUCCCUAUUUCCAUAUUUAUCUGCUUUUUUAAAGUCAACGAAUUUGACCGCGCAAUAAUCUUUCGACUUGGUCGUGUUAGAAAGGACGCUCGUGGUCCAGGACUAGUUUGGCAUUUACCUUGCAUUGACAGCUAUCGUUUGGUGGAUCUUCGCACUAGAGUAGAGUUGAUUCCGUCACAGGAUGUGAUUACGAAGGACUCUGUCACGAUAAGCGUUGAUGCGGUGCUCUUCUAUUGCAUUCAAGACUCGAUGCAUGCGACUAUACAGAUCUCUAAUGUACACGAAUCCACUAUUUUCAUAGCACAGACAACUCUUCGCAAUAUGGUGGGCUCAUUGACGCUCCACGAUCUACUUAUCUCCAGACAACUUUUGUCCGAGAAGAUAACAAUCGCAGUGGAUCAUGCUACCGAAAAAUGGGGGGUCAAGAUUGAAAGAGUUGAACUGAAGGACAUAAGCUUGCCGGAUAGUCUUGAAAGGUCCUUGGCUAGUGAGGCUGAAGCACUAAGGGAGGCUCGUGCUAAGAUCAUAUCCGCGGAGGGUGAACUUAAUGCUUCGAAAGCCUUAAGGGAAGCAUCUGAUGUAAUGGCGGAAAAUAAAAUAACCCUUCAGUUGAGGCAUCUGCAGAUCCUAACAUCGAUUGCGCAAGAACGCAAUGUAAAGAUCUUAUAUCCAUUCCCUCUGGAAAUGAUGAAACCGUUUGAAAACAGUGAUCGGAAAAAAGGGGGUGCAGUUGUAGGCUUUGGAUCAAUUGUUCCUAUUAUAAGACCCAACAUAGAGAAUAUACGCCAAACCUCAUCUAUAUCCGAACCUAAUGAAAAUGAAAAGAGCUUUCAUAAGGAACAGCCAAUGUAAAGCCUAUCUUUAUCUGUUUUUCCGAAUCUUAGAAGGGGCUCACAAGAAUCUCUAAGAUUACAUGAAGAAUUUGUCGCACCAAAAACAUCAAACGAACUCUCCAGAAGUAUUCGAAUAGAUGCAUACUCACAAUAACUUCACAUUCACAUUUACUUGAAAAAUAUUGAAAUUGAGCUUUCAGAAUAAUAAAA